GGCACACCAUGAAACUUUUUGGCCACUAGGGGGUGCUAGACAUGUAUUUUUCACUUCUAGCGCCCCUAGAGCCCACAAGCGCCGCAGCACUGUCGCAAAGGAAAGGAACUGGCCAACCUUAAAACUAAACUAAAAACUAAACAUUUAAAACGCUAAACGAUCAACAUUUUGAGACAACAGGGAGAAACGCAGUCAUGUUACAACCUUUGAUGAGGAACUCGUCGUGGCAGAAGCCAUUUCUCAAUCUGAAGGUUGCAGCCUCCAGAUGUCGUAUUUCUAAGCUGUAUACGUCAUCAAGACUGUCUUAUUUCACAAUAUUAACAAUUACAAAGUUGACUAUUAUACUUAGUUAAUCUUAAAUUGUUGCAGUAUGCUUAUGACUUGCGAAUGUAAUGCUCAGUUUACCUUAAUAACCCAGGCUUGAUGACGUAUGCAGCCUGCAUAUUUGACCUCCGGAGGCUGCAGCCUUCCAAUUCAGAAACGACCAGACGUAUUUCCUUGCCCUUUCCCAAACAAAUAUUGUUGCAUCGUCUCUCUCUCUCCCUCGCCACCAGGAUUUUCCGCAAUGGCGGUCGUUUUUGCUCUCUUUUGUGUGAAAAUUGUCGCUCCAAAUCCAAGUAAACCGAUGUGGUCCAAGCAGACCUAAAGUCUGCCGCUUUGUAAUACGUCAUGCGAGUGACAGCGGAACGCAGCAAAUGAGGAAGAGAGAAGAGAGAAACGCUCGGAUCUGAUUGGUGAAUGAAUAGGGUUUGGUUUUACACUGUGUGAGUUUGAGCAAGUUUGACUGCUAUUGCAUCCUGGAUUGUAAUGUAAAUAUCAUAGACACAGUAAAAGAAAGAUAAAUACGCGAACACCGCAUGUGAAUACAGGGAUAUGCAAGAUAAUCGCCGUCAUUUAUAAAGAACAUCGCAUUUAUGUAUGAAUCAAGAGUUUAUAUAAAAAAUUGCCUUAAAGGGGAAUCGAACCCGGGUCGCCCGUGUCAUAGGUCCGUGACGCUAAAGACUGUGCCACAGAGUCACAUAAUAGAAGCUGCUCUCUACAUUCCUUAAGUAAGCCUCCAGCAAAAUUCACGUUAAAAACAAAUUGUGUGGAGGAAGUGACGUAUGCCGUAAAGCAGUCGAAUUUUGUAGUUUUUUUUGUGCUCUGGUUACUACCAGAAACCCUAAGUUUUAAAAUACGAGUAAAAGUGAUACAGACCCCGUCAGGCUAUGGUAGACAUGUCAUUCAACCUAUUUGAAGUCAAUGUACUAUCACAAGGGUCUUGAAAAUUUAUUAUGAAGGUUGAAAAAUUACAUGGUGUCACUUUAAUUAUUAUUAUUUACAAGACCAUCAAGUAGCCCUUGCUGCCCUGGGCCCUUUGGAGGUCUUGGGCCCCUGGGCAAUUGCCUAGUUGCCCGUAUGGUUAAUCCGGCCCUGAUUAUGGACAGGAAAUUACAUACAAAACAACUUUUUGUUAUCUCGAGAUCACCAGAAAAUAAAGUCAUGAUCACGAGAAAACAAGCAAGCAAAAAUAAUAAUAAUGCAUGGUCCCUCUCAGCUUCAAUACAAUUUAGACAAAAAGAAAAAUGAUAAUUUUAAAUGAAGGCAUUAAUUUAAUGAAUUGUAAUUGCAGUGUUUGGAGGAGAGAUGGAUUCAUUCCUACCGAAUGCUGUGUUGACCUGUGACUUUGUCCCUGACAUCGGACUUUCGUCACAGAUCGGGCGCGCUGCCGGGGGUAUGAAUCCUAAUGGAGGAGGAGAGGAGAAAAUCCCAACAAUGUUGGGAUGGAGAUGUGAUGAUGGUGGAAUGGAUUUUGUCCUACCAAGUGCGGUCCCUGACAUUGUCCCGAACAACGGACAUUUGUUAGACAGACGCGCCGGGAGUUCACAUCCACGAGGAGGAGUAAAGGAGUUUACUCCUGCAUUUGAGGAGGCGAACAGCCCCACAGAAAAAUGCGAGAAUAAAGUCUUGAAAUCAUUAAAGAAGGGAUGGAAUAAAGUAAAGCAGCCAUUCCUUCAUAAUGAUAAAGUGGAAACACUGAUUCCUUCAGAGCUUAAUGCGGAUUCAGCUUAUCCUAAUCUAAAUUAUGAUGCUGGUCUGGCGAGCUCUGAAUUAAACAAUAAGAUCAAACCGGAAAAACAACGAAUGGCAUUCUUUGACUGUCUCUGGAGGGGCAAGGUGGAGUCAGUGCCGACUCCCCUGCUUAAAGCAGAUCCAGCUAUCCCUGAUGUUAGGGAAGUUGUUGAUCUUGCAUCACAGUCAAAGACCUACGUUGGUCCGAAGAAGCAGAAAGAAAAGGCUUCAAAGAGCCGCAAAUCUAACCUCCAGGGAGAAAAAGUGACUGUUGUGCCAACUCAACAGCCCAAGGCUAUUUCAGAUAUUCCUGUUGGCAUGGAUGUUCCUGCUCUGGCCGGCCCCCAAUCAAAACCAAAGAUUCGUCCGGAUAAACGCAUGACAUUGACGCAACGCUUCUUUGGAUGCUUCCAGAGGGGCAAAGUGGAGUCGAUGCCGACUUCACAGAUUGAGGCCGAUCCAGCUAUCCCUGAUGCCAGGGAAGUUGUUGAUCUGGCAGAUUCUCAAUCAAAGAGUGUUGGCUUAAAGAAACAAAAAGAAAAGGCUUCAAAGAGCCGCUCAUUUCACAACCCUUUAGAAAAAAAGGGAAGAGUAAAGUGA